CCUCAGCUCAGUAUCGAACGUGCGGUCCCAGCGAAUGCAGUGUUGUUUGCUCUGCAGAAACGACGUGUGCUGCAACACCUUAUUGGUUCGUGUAGAAACAACUUGUUCUUGUGUGAAGUGUGGAAUUUGUCAAGUGUGUAGAAGCGCUACUUGUUACUGCAGUCAGUCAGCUCAGCCACCGCCAAUACAGGCGCACACCGACCGUUUCGAGUCCAGAAAACAACAAGAGAGAGUGAAAAAACAGGUCUUCCGUUUCGGCGCGAUUCGCAAAGCUGAAGAAGACGAAGAAAACGGCAGCACACCUGUUUCUUCACCUGGUGCCUCUCGACACACUUGUGAGGGUUAGUUAGGUACAUACCUGUGGCAGCUACGACGGGCUUAGAUAGUGACAAACAACAAGAAAAAAGUGGUGUUUGGAGAAAAUGCAUAUUUAAUCGAAAUAAUUACCAGCAGAUAUCGAAGGGUUUUGUUGUUGGGUUGGCAAGCAAGUGAGUUAUUUCGCUAUUGUGACUGCGUGGAGUCGACAGAAGUGUGUGCGAAAAGUUUCUGGCCACUAAGCGUGAGAGUUGUGCGGUCACAUUCUUCCGACCUGUCCUGGGAUAGACAAAUCUGAACCCUCAUCGUUCGUAGUCGGCUUCGGCGGGUGCGUGCGCUGUUAACUGCGCUUCAAAAAUAGAUCCCAGUGCGACCGACUCCGACUACCAGCAGCCGGACGCGGACGAAGCGUAAAGCGGGCGCGAGAGCGGGUUGUUGGUUUGGUUUGGUGUCAAAAACUCGUCGCUGCUGGCUGGUAGGCUACCAGUCCUUCUUUACGGUGCAGAAGCGGCGUCGGAGAAAGUUUUGCUGCGGUCAAGCAACAGUGAACUGUGGUCAGCCCAGUGUGUGUGUGCGGACAUUGUAGCGGUUUAAACCAGUGGCAGUGGACACAACACUAGCAAACGCGAUAAACCAUGAUGACAGAAACCGUGGUAACGGUGGACCAAUCCCAUGCGGCCCCCGGGUCCAAUGCGGCUCACCAGGCGCAGGCCAAACCGGAUAAUAGUCUCAACUGGAUCAAGUUCAACGUACAAUAUUUCAAAUCCAUCCCGGGGAUCUUGAAGCUGGUGCAACUGCUAAUUGGCAUCAUCUGUAUGGCCAGCGCCUCACCUGCCCUGCUCGGCGGAACACACUUUUUCCUGUUCGUGGUGAUUUCCUCCUUCAUCGCGACCGUUCUGUGGAGCUUUGUCUAUCUGUUGGGGAUUCGGGAGGUGCUGAAUCUGCCGAUCAACUGGAUUUUGACGGAGCUGAUUAAUACCGGCGUUUCGACGAUCCUGUACUUGAUCGCGUUCAUCGUUCAACUAUCGACGUGGGCCAAUAUUGUUUUCGUGAGCAGGGGAGCGAACAUUGCAGCUGGCGUAUUUGGCGUUUUCAACUUCCUGGCGUACGCGGCUGGAACGUACUUCCUGUACGUGGAGCACAAAUCGAGUGGCGUGUAACGACCAACCAACGACUAAGAAGAGUCUUAGAAGUAAGACGAAAAAUGGACUUGCACUUGCACACAACAGCAACAACAACAACAACAAUAACAACGGGAAAAAACGGAUGUAACACCUAUUUAAGAAACAAAACAAGGGGGUGGGGGGAGGCACGUUUGCAUGAUUCCACCUACUACAUACUGAAAGAUGAGUACAAAAACUUUCCAUUUCCGAGAGAGAAAGCACGCUUUCGAAGCUUGCUGUUUUGACUUUGACUGGGACUUGAUAAGAAACAAAUUAAAAGGAUCGUUAAAUUAGCCUGUUAGUUUGCACCAGUUAAGCGUGCAUCGAGUAUCAAACAAUAAUGACCAUCCUAUAGAUUGAUAGCUCGUCGUCAAACCCACCGGUGUUACUUCCGCGUUCAUCAAGAGCGAGUUCUGUUUGAAAACCGUCUGACCGACGACACGUUAGAUAUAAGUUUAACGGAAAAAUUUGUUUUUUUUUUCUUCUACAUAUAGUGUCAAUCGAGUUUGUUAUUAUUGUUUCGAUUUAUAUGCGACUUUUACUUAAACUUAAGCUCAUAACAGAUAAAGAAGCAUAAGGCAGUUGACAUGUCAAAUAUUUCUACAUCCACUAAGCACAUCAAACAAAACAAACAAAUGCCAAAACAUCACAGCAUGCCUAUUAAUCACGAAAGCCAUUUAUUUUUGUACGUUAAAUUUGCGAACACUGUACCUACACUGUUUAAGAGCUAAAAAUCCUAGCAUUUAUCGAGAGCAAUUAUUUAAAAACUGAGCGAGGGACCAAUAAAACCCACUAGAAAAAAAGAAACACCUAAAUCAGAUACUGUUACAGCUGAACAUGGAGGGACCUGAAACGCAACAAAAAUUAAAAAAAAACUGACACAGACAAUUCGUAAUGAAAGGUUAAAAAAUAUUGCUUGCUAUUUGCUUUCAACAAAACAACAACUUCUAAUCUAGUUUAGUGUCCCAAAAUGAGGAGGAGUUCAACGUAAACGUACAACAAACUUAUUACGUAAAUAAAAUGAGAUGAAACAUUCUCAAACAUCAAACGCCACAGAAAAAACAAAGCCCACAUUUCUAGCGAGACAAUCGAAAGCGAAAAUAAAGUUUAUUAGUAAUUAAAAACUAUUUAUGA